UUUGGAUAGUAUAUAUUAGUGUCUUAAUCUACUCAAUAGAUUUUCUGAUAUCAUCUUAUUUCGACCUGUAACAUUGUAGCUGACUGACUGACUGCCUUGUAACUGUGAUAAUCACUAAAUGAAUGUGUAGAGGCUAAAUUAUUUCAUGCCGAAUCUUGUAAUCCACAUAUACUCCGUCGCAGGUUUGUUUUCGAUUUUCAAUUCCUAUUUUUAGGCACACUUUUCCGAUGACGUUUCCCACAUCUGAACAAAGAAUUACCAAUGCCUUGCAAAAGAUAACUCAAAAGUUGGGGAAAUGCUUUCUCGAAAAUGUUGAAGAUAAAUGUGGCUAUAUUAAAUCUAAGGAUGAAACCUGGUUCUACAACACCACACAAGACAUCAUAACUAACUUCCAGAAGAAUUCAUACGAAGCCUGGUCAGCUGUCCUCUUACAGUACGACAUAAAUAACAAAGAAGCCCUGCUGGAAGAAGCUAACAAAACACUAAACCAUACCAAAUCCUGGAGACCGUCUGGAGAUCCUAAAAAAGAUAUCAGAGCUCAUAUUUUGCCUCUCAGCAGGUCUUAUAUGGAAAAUAUGUCUUCCUAUUCCCAAGAACUAGAUUUAGAAAUUAGUAAACGCUCAGGGGAAUUGAGGAGAUUACGUCAAACUCUUAAUGACGAAGUAAUUGAAUUUCGAUCUUUGGCAGAAAAAUUACAAAACUUGUGCAAGUCUACUGAAGAUUGUGGAGCGUGUACUCCUGAGUCUCAACAACCAUCGAAGUUGAUGCUAAAUUAAGAAAAAAAAUAAAAAAACCGAAAAGUUUAACUUGUGUUCAUCUUUUUGACUGUUUUAUUUCCUUAAUUAUUUUUAGGGUUAUAGACUUUCUUUGUUAAUUUAUCUGUAACACUUUUUAUUUAAUUUAUUAUUGUAUCCGUUUAUGUUGAUCAAAAUAAAAUAAUUUAUUUUAUA